UUACUGGUAAAACUAGUUCUAAAAUCUCUACUUAUCAGAUACAGUACCUGCAUGAACCUUUGUUGAAUACCUACCAUAUGAUUGCCUUCAUGACUUGACAUCCCACAGCAAUCCUUUGAAACCAACGCUCAUGGCGCCUGGGUUUGCGUGGGCGCGUGCGAGGGCGAGAGCCUGGGCAGCUCGUCCUGGCUUCACUUUUGCACAAAACUUCUCAACCUCAUUGUUACGAUAUCUCACAUGGCUGCCGGUCGCAAUCGUGUUUACAUCCAACGUCGCGGAACCUUAUAAAAUCGCCGGUCCCUCCAUGUACCCAUUCUUCAACAAGGAGAGAAAUGAGACUCGGCUUCAAGACUGGUGUAUGAACUGGAAGUUGAACGCGCAGGAUGACCUUCGACGGGGCAUGAUUGUUGUUUUUUGGAACCCUUUAAAGCCGGAGUCAAGAAGCGUCAAGAGGAUAGUGGGCUUGGAAGGGGACAUUGUUAGGAAUCGUGACUCCGACGUCUGGGUUAGAGUACCCGUUGGUCACAUCUGGGUGGAGGGAGAUGCUGGAUCCCGUGAUUCUCGCGACAGCAACUACUACGGUCCCAUCUCAGCGCGGCUGAUAAUCGGACGCUUGACACGCAUUCUGUUCCCAUUCCACCGGUCGGGAAGUAUCAAUUGGAGGGACCAUCCUGAGAACCCCAGAGUAAUCAAAACCCAAGACAUGGUUCCGCAGCUGCUAUUGUAGGUGGCCAGCUGUCAAGUUUCUGGCUUUAAAGAGAAUACUAUGUAAUAGUUGGACAGGUAGCCAGGAAGGUCAUUCACUGGCUGUAAGAGAGAGACUACAUGUGAAUGAAGUGAGAACUUAUACUUAACCCGAUGUUGGUAUCUAUCCACGUG